GCUGUGUUCUCCUGUGAACCGCUAUGUUCUCAAACUGGUCGCGCACACGCAAAGGCGCGCACACGCACUAGAGUAUCCGCGCGUCUUUAACAAGCUUUUGCGUGAACCGGUGUCGCGUCCGCAUGGGAACCGAUUCCUGCUGUGCACUGGUUCAGACUCCAGCGUGAUUUACAGGCCGCGGGUUGGAUUCACUGUGCCGGAUACAGGAUGAUGAAAUUUCGGUUCAGGCGACAGGGCAAUGACCCUCAGAGGGAGAAAGUCAAACAGGAGCUUUUUGCGUUUAAUAAGACUGUCGAACAUGGAUUCCCCAAUCAGCCAAGUGCUCUGGCCUAUGACCCCAAACUGCAGCUAAUGGCCAUUGGGACUAAAUCAGGAGCCAUCAAAGUGUACGGGGCUCCUGGAGUGGAGUUCACUGGACUGCAUAAGGAGCCAGCUACUGUCACGCAGAUACACGUACUCCAUGGACAGGGAAGAAUUUUGACCCUGCUGGAUGACAACUCUCUGCACCUCUGGGAGAUUGUGCAGAAGACUUCCUGCUGCCAACUGAAGGAGGUAUACAGCUUCAGCCUUCCUGGCAGGCCUGGCAUCGACAGCACCAGUGCGACACGCGUGACCGUGCUGCUGCCGAAACUCAGCUGCGAUCUCUUGGCUGUGGGCACUGAGGGUGGUGGAAUCCACUUCCUGGAGCUGCCCACUUUCACACUGCUGAACAAAUCCCUUUUCCAAGAUGAAAUCAUGCAGAGCCUUCCUGAUAGUUACAAAUGUGGGAAGUCUCUGGGUCCAGUGGAGUCCCUACAGGAGCAUCCGCAGCACCCAGACAAAAUCCUCAUCGGCUACAGCAGGGGCCUCGUUGUGCUCUGGGACUUUCAAAGCCGACAUGUAGACAACCUCUUCCUUGGAAAACAGCAGCUGGAGAGCUUGGUCUGGGUUCGGACUGGGAACAGCUUUGUGAGUUCCCACAGUGAUGGUGGCUACAUGGUGUGGCUUGUUAGCAGCAGUAGUCUCUGCACCAGCGAGCCCAUCUCUUCCACUAUACCCUACGGCCCAUUUCCCUGCAAAGCUGUGAACAAGAUCUUAUGGAGGACCACCCAGUCGGGAGCUCCGUUGGUGCUGUUUAGUGGCGGCAUGCCUCGAGCCAGCUACGGGGACAGACACUGUUUAACGAUACUGCAGGACUGCAAACACGUGACCCUGGACUUCACCUCACGAGUCAUCGACUUUUUCACCAUCCACUGCACAGAUAGGGACGCAGAGUUUGAUGAGCCUUCAACCCUUGUUGUGCUCCUGGAGGAAGAGCUGGUAGUGAUUGACCUUCAGACCCCUGGCUGGCCCACCAUUCCUGCACCAUACCUGGCACCUCUGCACUCCUCUGCCAUCACAUGCUCCUACCACAUUUCCAAUGUGCCAACCAAGCUGUGGGAGAGAGUGGUGAGAGCCGGGCAGCAGCAAUGCUCUCUACAGACAUGCACGAACUGGCCAAUAUGCGGGGGAAAGAACUUGGCACCUGAUUCCAAACAGAAAGAGUUGCUGCUAACUGGGCACGAGGAUGGCACAGUGCGCUUCUGGGAUGCAUCAGGAGUUGCACUCAGACCUCUGUACAAGCUGAGCACAGCCAACAUCUUCCAAACUGACUGUGACCACAACGACAGCCUGACUCAAGCCGGUGAAGAGGAGUGGCCUCCGUUCCAAAAGGUUGGCUGCUUUGACCCUUACAGUGAUGACCCAAGGUUAGGAAUCCAGAAGAUCUGCCUGUGCAAAUACAGCGGCAAGCUGGUGGUGGCUGGAACUGCAGGACAGGUGAUUGUGAUGUACUUGUGUGACGAGAAAUCCGAUCACAUGAUCGACGUGGUCACCAUGGACCUCCUCCAGGACCGGGAAGGUUUCACAUGGAAGGGUCAUGACCGGCUGCCAGAGAAGUCUGGCUCUGUGGUGUUUGCUGCUGGAUUCCAGCCUACAGUCCUCGUGCAGUGCAUGCCCCCUGCUGCGGUUACCGCGGUGACGCUGCAUGCCGAGUGGAACCUCGUUGCUUUUGGCACCAGCCAUGGCUUUGGUCUCUUCGACUACCAUCGCCGAAGCCCGGUGCUGGCAAGGUGUACAUUACAUCCCAAUGACUCUCUGGCUAUGGAGGGACCGCUCUCACGAGUGAAGUCGCUGAAGAAGUCACUCCGCCAGUCAUUCAGGAGGAUUCGCAAGAGUAGGGUGUCUGGAAAGAAGCGUGUGUUGGUCAGCAGCCCGUCCAGUAAAGUCCAGGAGGCUAACGCUCAGCUAGCAGAGCAGGAUGCCGAGGUGACGCCGGUACAGAGACGGAUUGAGCCCCGUUCAGCUGACGAUUCGUUAUCUGGUGUGGUCCGCUGCCUCUGCUUCGCUGACACGUUCCUCCGAGACGGAACGCACCACGGCCCUACCAUGUGGGCUGGGACGAAUUCAGGCAGCGUAUAUGCUUACGCUCUGGACGUGCCCUCACAGGAGAAGUUCUCUGAACGGAGUGUGGAGGCUUUGCUUGGGAAAGAGAUCCAACUCAUGCACAGAGCUCCGGUGGUGUCCAUUGUUGUGCUGGAUGGCAGGGGGAGCCCUCUGCCCGAACCCUAUGAGGAGUCGAGAGACCUGGCCAAAGCUCCUGAUAUGCAGGGCAGCCACUCGGUCCUGAUCACUUCUGAGGAGCAGUUUAAGGUGUUCACACUGCCCAAAGUCAGCGCAAAGACCAAAUUCAAGCUGACCGCGCACGAAGGCUGCCGUGUACGGAAGGUGGCUCUGGUCAACUUCUGCAGUGCUGCUUCUGAGGACUACUCCGAGAAUGGCCUGGUGUGCCUGACCAACCUGGGAGACCUUCAUGUGUUCAGCGUGCCUGCUUUGAGGCCGCAAGUGCGAUACGACUGCAUCCGCAAGGAAGACAUAAGCGGCAUUGCGUCCUGCGUGUUCACCAAGACCGGGCAAGGUUUUUAUCUGAUCUCACCGUCUGAGUAUAAACGGUUCUCUCUGUCUGCACGAGUAAUCACUGAACCUCAGUGCUGCGUGGACGUCGAUCGACCUUACGAGCUUUUGGAGCAUGAUUUGUGUAUGGUAGCCCUGCCCCAGGCCAACGGCACAUACAAGACCCAAUCACCAGGAGAGAGCAAAUCUGCAGAGCAUUCUGAAGGUGACGGACAAAUCUCUGGUGUGACGUUACAGAAUGGUGGCAUAUUUGAUGAAAUGCAGAGUGCGUUAUCGUCUCCUGGCCUGGAUUCCCCAAACAGCAGUGCUGAUAUCACGCUCGACACAACAGGAGAGCUGACUGUGGAGGAUGUGAAAGAUUUCCUAGUGAGUGUGGAUGAGGCUGAGAAUAACCUGAGGAACAUGAGCGAGGAGGAUGGACGGCUUCCUGGGAUUCUCAUUAAUUGAUGAGCGACAGCCUAGAGGGCUGAUGGAGAAGUGGUGGAAAUUCCUUCGUUAUGUGCAGUUGGACCUUAAGGAGGAGAAGAACUCACGGCAUUCUUCCCUUUUCCCUCGUCCUCAUUUACUCCGGUUUCUUAUCCUCAGAUAACAAAUCUCUUCUUCCGUCUUUCCUAUUGCACAUAUUUCUCGUUUCACGACGCCACUUUGCUCGUCCUUUCACUGCGUUUGGCAGUAGGAGGCAUGGAGGGAGAGAGAGCACGUAACGGUUGUUGCUUCUCAGCAGCCACGUCAACACCAUCUUUAAUACUGUGAUGGUUUCUUACAGCAAAUCAGGAGGCCAUUGAAAAUUUCAGCUUAUGGACCCUGUGGGUUUGAUAGAAUGUCAUGGUUUUCCUUUUUAAUGUUUCAUCUAACCACUUGCCAUUGUAAGUAAUAAUGACAAUUAACUGUGAACUCUAGUAUUUGAAGGAGCGUGGUGUUUAAUCUUAGUGUUUCUCAUCAUUUAAUUAGUAAGUAGCAAGCUUUGAGUUUUAUUAUUACUUGUAACCAUAUUAACAAACAUGAAGGAACUAAUAAGUAUGGUUAACAUUUGAUAGAAUAAUUUUAUAUUGCCUAUGAUUUUUUUUUUUUACCAUGUAGAAAAUGAAGGUUUUCUAACAUUUUGGGGUGAAAUAAUCUGCAGGUGUGGGAACGAGAAGAUAAGCUUAGGGUUGAUCGAAGCCAAAUGAGAAACAUUGUUUGGGUAAAUCGAGGUUUUAAGAGGUUCAGAAUGUGUUCGUAAAUGCUAUCGUUCAAGGAAAGAAGCAUGACAUUUUAGUAAGGAAUAGAUGCUGUAGGAUUGACCCUGGAUUGGAUUCACUUCUUUUUUUUUUAAAUCAUCAAAGGGACCUCACUAACGUAGCUGAUCUUUAAUUUCUCUCUCUACUUUUUUUUCUAUAAUGUUACACAUGACACCUAGCCUGUGAAUUUAUAUUUAAUUUUUCUCGUGUAGAAAUGUAAUUGUAGUUAUACCCAUGCUAAUGAACAAAUGUUAAUAAAGUAUUUACUCAUUUUA